AAGAAAAGGGAAACAAAUUAAUACAUUCAAAAUUUGACACAUUCCGUGUUAGAAGUUACUAGAAAGGAAAACACGUUAUGAACAAAAAUCAUCAUGAAAUUUUGUGGUGUCAGCCGAAAAGGACCGUGUGUAAGGAGUCAACGGAUGUCUGGAAGUAUCCAUGUAGCAUCGCUACCCACGCACAAAGCAACCGCGUUGAUUUUAAGCCUGAUACCGCGGCCUCAGUCGUGUUCUUCCUCAUUAAAGAACUACACCUGCGCCCUGGAGUGCUUGAAAUUAUCCUCACCUCUUCGGCUCUUCACACCAUUCCCGGCUCUAUAUAUAUUCGCAUUCAUCUCUCCUAAUUUCAUCGAAUCCCAUCUACGCAUCUUUCUCUUUUUGUCCACUGCGUACUUGUUUGUCUGUUGUAGUCUUAUACCAUGGCUGACGUUGAGAAACAAACAUUGAAUAAAGGCUACUAUGGCCCCUCAAUUCCUCCAAAAUCACGAUCCUACCACAGCCACGGCCGAGGCAGCGGAUGCGGCUGUUGCUGCUGCCUCCUAGGCUUUUUGCUCAAACUCAUUGUCACCGUCGUUAUCAUCGUAGGGAUUGCAGUCCUCCUCUUCUGGCUCAUAGUCCGUCCCAACAAGGUUAAGUUCCAUGUGGUUGAUGCCUCCCUCACCGAGUUCAACCUUACCAGCGACAACAUCCUUCAGUAUAACCUUACCGUCAAUAUGACCGUCCGCAACCCCAACAAGCGUAUUGGUAUAUACUUUGAUCGCAUCGAAGCCAAGGCGUACUAUGAGGACGCCUUGUUCGAUUCUGUUGAGUUGGAACGAUAUUACCAGGGCCACAAGUCAACUCAUACCCUGAAUCCAGAGUUUACUGGGGAGAACUCUGUAUCGCUUGGAGCAUCCGAGCUUUCGAAUUUCAAUUCGGAGAAGGCUUCAGGAACUUACAGUAUUGAUGUGAAGCUGCGUCUUCGGAUCAGGUUCAAGUUGGGAAUAUUGAAGAUUGGUACGUUCAAGCCCAAGGUUACUUGUGAUUUGAAGGUUCCUUUGGAUUCUGAUGGGACAAGCAGUGGUACUUUCCAAACCACCAAGUGCGACGUUAAUUUCUGAUCAUCUGAUUCAGGCUCCUGCUCGCCUUCCUGGCUCUUUGAUCCACUUCGUUGUUGAUUUCUUUGAUUUGCAUAUUAUUCUUUUGUUUGUGGGUACACAUAGCAUCACAUAUCGUUUUCUUUCCAUUUCCCUCCCUUUUGUAGGGAUGGUUUAGACGUGAUCAUGUUGGUUUCUUCUUGUUCAUAGAUUAUGCCAUUUUUGGUUAUGUAUAUGUUAUGUUAUAUUUAUGAGUUUCGUUAUAAUUUUUAUUUUUUUCGGUUAA